UUUAUGUGCUAGUAAAAUUAAAAUAUUAAAAAAAAACGUAAUGUACAAAUCAAUCGGCAUCAUUUUCAUUUUAUCUCGAUGAUUCAAGAAAGUUCAUAAAUGGGAACUGCCUGCAAUCUGCGCAAAGGACCACGUUUUGAGCCCUCUACACGGCUAGUUUUUUGCGCAUCGUACUUGAAUAUUUCCGAGUGUAGUAUAGUAUUCCGCCGUACAAAUAAAUGACACGCAAUAGAACCAAUAAAAAACGAUGCGCAGUUUUUAUAAAUCGAGUGAUUGCAUAGACGAAAACUAAACAGUAUAUCUUUAAUUUGGUUUGUAAUAGCCGAGAAGUUUCAUAACAGUGCGGGAACUGCAGGAUAGUAGUAAAAUUGAAUGUUUUGAUGUCAUGCAGAGGCAUGACUUCCAUGCCCUGCGAUACGGAAGGGCGUGCGGUGCAGAUUACGUUUACUAUGAAUGAUUUUAUCUCUUUCUAAACUCUAGUGUCUGUGAAUGACCGAGUGAAAUAGCGUACCAAAUUAUGGAUUGAAUAGUGUUGUUGAUGUAUUUUGUUAUUUUCAUAACGUAACGCGAUUAGGAUAAAAUUAUUGUUAUCGUGGCCGCGAGGAAUCAGUGUGGCGAGUGGCUCAGCGCCUCGGAGCCGCAUAUACGGAACUGCGUCGGUUCGCGAAUCGGGCGUUAGAUUUAUCGUCUGGCGCGUUACUAUUUACGCACUUUUCGAAAAAGAUAGUACGUAUUUUUAGUCGCCGCGCGUGUUUCACGUGAACCGUCGGGAGCGUCUCGUCAGGUCGGGUGACCGCGAUCGGAUCGCGGAAUUCGUAAACAACCUCAAGGUCGGCGGGCAUGUGCCAGAGUCGCUAGGGCUGCGAUGCGGGCACGCUGACAUGUCUGCGGCGGGCGGGGGCGGCGCGGGCGCCGUGGUGCGCCAGGGGCACCUGAGGAAGUUGAAGACGAUGAAGAAGAAAUACUUCGUGCUGCGAGCGGAGAGUGCGGAUUGCUCUGCUCGGCUGGAUUACUAUGAGUCUGAAAAGAAAUUUCGAGCAGGCGCGGCGCCUCGCCGAGUGUUACCUCUAAAGAGUUGUUAUAACAUAACGCGCCGCUUGGACCUUAAACAGAAGCAUGUGAUUGCACUAUUUACUCGUGAAGAACAGUUUUGUGUGGUGGCAGAGAACGAACAGGAGCUGCAUGGCUGGUUGACUGCCAUCUUGCGACAACACUCCUCUGAUGAGAACAGCGAUGAACUCUUACAUCCUAUCCAACACGUUUGGCAAGUGAACGUACAGAAGAAAGGGCUGGGAGCGUCGAAGAACAUCCAGGGGCUGUACAACCUGUGCUUGACGGACAAAACGCUGACACUUGUCAAGAUCAAGAGCCACAACAAUGUUAUCAGUGAUUUAGGCAUACCGGAGAAGAUCGAGUACUCCUUGAAGAAUAUUAGAAGAUGCGGCGAUUCAGAGUGUUUCUUCUACAUGGAGGUGGGCCGGCAGACGGCGACGGGCGACGGCGAGCUGUGGAUGCACACGGAUGACUCCAACAUUGCGCAGAGCAUGCACUCCACCAUCUACCAUGCCAUGCGCAACUGUGCGAAAGAGACAGAGAACGAGAGGGAUCACAUCACGAUGCCGAAAUCAGACGACGAGCACCCUCGUCCUAGACGGCAAACGGUCUCCGAAGGCCAGAGGCCUAGAGCAGGCCUUUCCAACGAAAAGGGCCUCUGCGUUGGCUCAUGCAUUAGACAAUGCGUGUGUUCAACCAACACUUACUCCAUAGAUGACUCGGCGGCCGCCAUUGCGCCUCUCACGACCAACGCCGAAAACCAACCACCGAAUAACUCACUAAUAACCGAUAAAACCGACCAUCCCCGACUCAUAAAACACCACCGAACCGUCUCACUACCCACCGGGUGCCCGCUAUUUCAAGAACCCCUCAAGAUAGUACACGAGCGGACGAGAUCGGCACCUUUGACUGGGGACGAAGUAGAUAGAGUGACCAUUGAGCGAGCUCAGAGGCACUCGUCAUGCAAAGCCGUCAAUGGAACUGAGACGACGAAGAAACCGCAGUGGAGCCGGCGCGCUAGUACGGGGGCGCGGCUGUCUAAGCUCUCGCCCGCGCAUACAAAGAACGCUGCCGGUCCGUUUAGGAAUCGUUGCGAUAGUAUGCCCUCAAAGGCGUUUAAGUCUUUGGAGGCGGAAAGGCCACCUACACGGCAUUCGGAGAUCAUUGAAGGCCUGAGUGCUUCCCACGACGAAGCUGAUGCAGUGGAGUGGCACCGCACACCGCGGAUACCCGAGGAGCCCGACUACUGCGAGAUGGGACCUCGAGAUAGGUUUAGUAAAUUGGGUCGGGAACCAGCGAGCCACUCCCGGACCUCCUCAAUAGCGGCCUCCGAGACCUCCCCAGAGAACGUCCAUGAUGGCUACCUUCCCAUGGCACCAGAAUACCCCGCUGCGACUGAUGGCUACCUUCCCAUGGCGCCAUUAGACCAUGGCUUGGUAUCAGCUUCUAGCGGCUCCGUGUGCAGCGGGACGCCUUCGACAGACCCUCGGUUUAGCGAAUAUCAGCUGGAGCCGGCCAUGUCGCACAUAAUAGACGCGGACGAGCGGCCGCCCCGCGCCUACAGCGUGGGCUCGCGGCCCGCACCCACGCGGCCCGACGUCACCCGCCUCCGGGCCUACAGCGUGGGCGCCCGCAACAGCCGCGUGGCGCCGCUGCCGGCGCGCGCGGCCGGCGCGCGCGCCUCGUCGUCCGCGCCGCUGCUGCCGCGCACGAGCGCCGACGACCUCAUGGAGCUCGACUUCUCGCACCCCGACCCCAGCCCCGCCAAGGUGAUAGUGUCCCGCACGCCGCCGGCGGCGGGCUUCAUGCACCCUCGGGCGACGGCGCCGCGGCCGCACACGCGCGAGGAGGCGGGCGCGGGCUACGUGGAGAUGCGGCCCGGCGAGCCCGUGCCGCCCCGCGUCGCCACCACGCCCGACGGCUACGUGGAGAUGAGCCUCGGCUCUAGGUGA